UUGACCACACUGCCAGCCCAGCCAGACGUUCUGACUUCUACUGUCCCAAGAGGAGCAGCAGAAUCUCGAGGCAUACCUCCACAGCUACCGUCUACAGUCCUAGCGUCAUCAGGAGUGAUUCUGCUACCAUCAGGUCAAUCCCUGCAUGCUCUAAAGGUGACCCCGAUAGUACAGGCGCCACCUGGGGUGGGAAUGAUCCCACCACUCCAAGUUGUAGAGCCUCCUGGUUUGAUUCCACAGCCAGUGGCUCAAGUCAAAGAACCUCUGGACUUGCCUUCUGGGUUCCAGGUUCAAGCUGGAGACUCUGUGGGGAUGACUCCACAACAUCAAGGCGCAGAGGGUGUGUCAUCGACUCCAGGACUGUCUCAGCAGGUCAUGGACCCUUCAAAGUUUACCCCACGGCACCAAGACUUAGACUAUUCUGAAGUGAGCCCAAGGCAAAGUCACAAAAUCCCAGAAAGGGGUGGGACCUCUGACACCCAGCCCCAAAUGAAGAAUUCUGUAGAGAUGACAGAGGUACAUAAUCAAAUAGUGGAACCUGUGAGAACAAUCACAGCACCACUAGAUCAAGGUACAAUACCCAUAGGAAGGAGCCAAAAACAUCACGUUACAGAAGUGGUGCCAGUUACACCACUACUUAAGGAAAUGAAACAUUUGGGGGAAAACUCAAUCCCACAGCCUAAGGUUAUGGAUUCAACGAAUUUAUCCCCAGAAUUACAGAACGUAAAAUCUGAGCACCUAAUCCCAGAUCCAAGAUUGCGAAAUAUGAAAUCUGUGGACAUAGCCAUGGCUUUAGUCCCAGAAAAAGUAAAAUAUGGACCACCGACCUCAAGAGCGGUAUCUACAGAUUUGACCCUAGAAUUGCAUCAGCUGAUUAUGCAGUUUGAGAAAUUAACCCACAGGCCACAAUUGCAAAGUGAGGAAUCUGUGCCAUCAGCCCCUGAAUCUCAACUUCAAGAUGUGAAAUCUGGCCAAGUGAUAGUUGAAGCACAACUCCAAAACAUACAGUCUGCUGGGCUGGCCCCAGGUCCACAGGUGCAAAGUGAUAAAUCAGUACAUUUGACCCCUGGUUCACAGACUCAAGGCAUGCAAAGGGUUGUUCAUUCAGCCCUAUCGCAGGAGUUACAAGGAGAUACAAAAAUGGUGGAGUUGGCUCCAAGACCAUCACUUGAAGAUAAGAAAUCUGUGAACUUAACCCGAAAACCAUAUUCACAAAGCACCAGCUUUGAGAAGACAGCCCAUGUACCAUUGCUCGAAGAUAGAAAGACUCUGUUGGUAGAAGGUAGGAGUUUAAUUCCCGAGGCACUGGUGGAAAGUGUGAAUCUUAGUGAAUUGGUCCCAAGCACACACCUUUGUGCGGUAAAAUCCUUAGAAGUGAACCCCGACCCAAGUUAUCAUUUCCUGGAACCUGCAGAAUUGGCCCUACGGCAUCAAGCCCCAGAAGAAAGAGUGGGCUCUGACAUUUGUCAUCAGGUGGAAGAAUCUGUUGAGCUGACACAAUCAUCAUUAGGAAUGAGGCUGACGCCACUGCGCCAAACCUCAGACUCUAUGGAGAUGUACUCACCACCACUCCAAGAAACUCUUGAAACUAGGAACCAGGUUGUAAAAGAGAUGGAAGAGACUCCAGAAUCACAAAACGCAAUUAAAGAUGCUCUGGAUUUGCUACCAGAAUCAGAAGUGCAGAAUAUGAACUCAGUGGUGAUGGCCCCAGAACCACAUCCCUACUCAGAUGGGAAGUUUCUACAUGGGACUCUAGAAUCGUGUUCAGAAAUAACUCUAAGACCAGAAUACAAAGACAGAGAGACUAUCAGAUUAACAUUACCUAAAGUUGAUGAUACUCAGGGGGCCAUGAUAGAACCAUAUUCAGAAAUGGAAUCUCUGGAGUUGGGUCUAGAACCAGGAGUGCAAGCAUGUGUGUGUCCAUCCAUGUGGGCUCUGAAGACUGAACUCAGGUCAUCAGGCUGAGCAGCAAGCACCCUUAUUCAUGGAACCAUUUCCCCAGGCCCCAGACUGAGAUAGUCUUGGGGGUCCUCCAGGUAAAUUACAACUUAAACCUGAACCCAGAACAUACUUUUUCUUUUCCGGCACUGCUUAGUUCACGUGACAAAAUCACUAAGAAUGUUCCCCACCUCUAUGCUACCCAUCCCCCUUUAAAAAAUAAAAAAAAACAACCAAAACAAAACAAAUGAGUAAAAUGACAUUUUUUAGCGGGGUGGUGGUGGCCAAUGCCUUUAAUCCCAGCACUUGGGAGGCAAAGG